GUGUAAAGUACAUGCUACAUGUAGAUUUAUCUGGUUAAGAUUUAAGAAGUCACAAAAUUAGAUCGGUUUCGGGUCACGGAUUCGAAUAAACCGGUUCGUCACCAUCUUCUUCAAAAACCCCCCUAAACCCCAUUGCUUGUGACUGAAGCCACUGUAAAGGAAGGGAGAAGAAAGACGGCAAGAUUUUGCCCAUCUAUACAAUGAUCGAAAGUCGGUUGCUUCUUCUGCUACGGAAAUCCAAAUCCGUAGCCUUAAAAUUUUCCUCAUCGAAUUCCACAAGAUGUAAUGCAUUUUCCCCACAUUUUGGACUCUCAGUUGAGCCACAAUCCAGAUCUUAUUCGUUGUUUCCAAGAAUUAUCCCUGGAGCCCCGGUCACACGAAGCUUAGUCAGCCGCGGUUUAAGAUCGUUGCUUCAAAAUGAUAUGAAGAACUUCUGUAAACCCUCGUUCAGAAAUUUCUCAACUUCGGCAUCUAUCUCUUCAAAAAAUACUGGAGGAGUGAAGCUUCUGGUCAAUGCCGGGCCCAAAGCUCAGAAAGCAGUUGGUAUUUGGCUUUUUGUAUCUGCUGCUUGGGUCUUCAGUAUGGUGGUACUUGGUGGUGUUACUCGACUGACUAGAUCCGGCCUUUCAAUGACUGACUGGAAAUUCUCUGGUGGUCUUCCUCCUUUGUCAGAUGAGGAAUGGUUAGUUGAAUUUGAAAAAUACAAGCAAUCACCUGAAUACAAACGAAUAAAUAAAGGGAUGAGUCUUGAUGAUUUUAAGUUCAUAUAUUGGAUGGAGUACGCCCAUCGUAUGUGGGGAAGAGCAUUGGGUAUAAUGUUUGCAUUGCCUUUCUCGUACUUCCUCCGAAAAGGAUAUAUUACAGUCCAACUGGGACUUAGGCUCUCUGGACUAUUUGCUCUUGGAGCUGGACAAGGACUAAUUGGGUGGUGGAUGGUCAAGAGUGGUUUAGAGGAACCCGCAUCUGAGUAUACUGAACCACGAGUGAGCCCUUACCGCCUAGCAGCUCAUUUGACAUCGGCAUUUGCUAUUUAUACCGGGCUGUUUUGGACUGCUCUUUCUGUUGUUAUGCCCGAACCCCUUGCAGCAGAAUCUCGAGUGUGGGUUCAAGGGGCAGCGAAAGUCAAGCGUAUUGCACUUCCUGUAAGUAUUCUUGUUGGGGUCACCGCUGUCUCGGGAGCAUUUGUUGCUGGUAAUGAUGCGGGCCGUGCCUAUAAUACUUUCCCAAAGAUGGGUGAUACAUGGAUUCCGGAAGAUGUACUGAUCCUGAAGCCACUGAUACGAAAUUUCUUUGAGAAUACAGCAACAGUGCAACUCGACCAUCGAAUACUCGCUACUACAUCGUUAUGUGCUAUUGCUGGCUUGUGGUGGUCAACAAGGAAACUUGAUUUACAUCCUGCCGUACGGUCUUUGAUAGGAAACACAGUGGGUAUGGCUGCCCUUCAGGUUACCUUGGGGAUUUCAACUCUUCUAUCAUAUGUCCCAGUUUCACUAGGCAGUGCUCAUCAAGCUGGAGCUCUAACUCUUCUAACCUUUAUGAUUCUUCUCAACCACACUCUGCGUCGACCUUCGUUGCAACUUCUCAAGACUCUUCCUACUGUUGUGAAAACACCCUAGAAGUUUAGCCUCUUAGUAAGAAGUUAACAUAUUAUUGACAGUGGCCAUCACGUCUCCAUUUUUCUGCAGCUGAGGUGUCAAUUAUUAUUCUUGUGAGAUGAAUGUGUUUUUGGUGUUGUUAGCAUGAAUCAUAUCAAUGACUUUAACGGGCUUUUUCUGUAGUUCUGCUGCGAAAACUUUGAUAUGAAUAAGUUCAUGUUGAAAGUCUUUAAAUUACCUGUGUUGUGGGACUGGGAAUCCAACGGAACUCCCUCUCCGGCGACUGUUGGCAGUGUCGGGUGGUUGAGAACAUGUCUGUUGAAAAAGCAACGCUAGUGGUGAGAGUGCUGUUUGCAGGCAGAAUUAUUUCGAAAUGCAGCAGCUGAAGUUGGGUGCUGAGUUCCCAUUAUUGCUGUAAUUAUGUGAUUUUGGAUUUAGAAGUCUAGAAUUUUGUUAUCUGGGAAUUGAGGCAUGUGGGAUGAUAGGAUUCUAGAGUCAUUUGUUUCUCUUUUAUUUGACAAAUCUAGUUAAGAUACAGGGAAUGGUACAAACAAUGUCUAAGUUUCGAAUUCCUGGUGAAUUACAGAAGCAUGUUCACUCAA